ACACUCCCUGCGCCCGCGACUCGGGCAGUUCGUUGGAGUGUGCCCGUCUGUCGCCUUCGCGCACCGUGCGGCCUCGCGCACUGGGAACCUCUCCUCUGCAAACUCUGAGAGCCUCGCUGGUGGUCCGGCGUUACUGACAGAAGUGAAGGGAGGGGAAGCUCGCGGGACACCUGAAGGAGACGUCAUCAGAGGGCACCGGAAGCGGCGCAAGAAUGAAAAAUGUGGUCUACCAUGCCUUAUCCCAGCAAGAGACACAGGAGUUCGAUGUUAAGCACCCAGGAACCCAGCGGGCUGAAGCCUUCGUGAAGGCCUUCCUGAAGCGCAGCUUGCCCCACAUGAGCGAGCAAGCCCGUGAGGACCAGCUGCAACGCAAGGCUGUCGUCCUGGAGUACUUCACACGCCGGAAGCGAAAGGAGAAGAGAAAGAAAGCCAAAGGCCUCUCCGCCAGGCAGAGACGCGAGCUGCGGCUCUUUGAAAUUAAACCAGAGCAGCAGAGAUACAGUCUUUUUCUCCCUCUGCAUGAACUUUGGAAGCAGUACAUCCGGGACCUGUGCAAUGGCCUCAAGCCAGACACGCAGCCGCAGAUGAUUCAGUCCAAGCUUCUGAAGGCCGACCUUCACGGCGCCAUGGUUUCAGUCACAAAAUCCAAGUGCCCCUCCUAUGUGGGAGUCACGGGAAUCCUCCUCCAGGAAACAAAGCAUGUUUUCAAGAUUAUCACCAAAGAAGACCGGCUAAAAGUUAUCCCCAAACUAAACUGUGUGUUCACCGUGGAAAUCGAGGGCUUCACUUCCUACAUUUACGGGAGCAAAUUCCAGCUCCGGUCCAGUGAGCGGUCUGCGAAGAAGUUCAAAGCAAAGGGAACCAUUGAUCUGUGAGCUCCUGCCAACCGUCCGGGGGCCCAGACACCCACCCUUCAGCAAGGGGCGAGCAGCCGGGACAUGCAGUCACCGGGAAGUCAGUGCUGAGCCCGGGGGUCCGGGCAGCCGGGUCUGUGGUGGCUUCUGUGUUCCUCGCACGGCGCAAACAGCAGGGACUGUCAGGUUCUCAGUUCUGCGCGGUACUUUCUGUUUCUGAAUGUCCUGUGACGAAGCCCUUGUUCACGUCAUAAUGAAAUACACGUGUCGAAAUAAACACCUCUGCGGGAA